UGCACCCAACUCCGCAAUAACGUUACUGACAGUCCUCGAAGAAGAGGAAGCUGGAAUUGUAGCUUCAUAAAAAUAGAAGCAAUGUCACGGGCGAGACAGCCACCCCUAGUGACGGGGAUCUCUCCCAAUGAAGGGGCACCUUGGACCAAAGUGACCAUUAGAGGGGAGAACCUGGGAACUGGGCCUGCAGACCUUUUUGGCCUGUCCAUUUGUGGUCAUAACUGCCUGCUGACGGCGGAGUGGAUGUCGGCCAGUAAGAUCGUGUGCCGGGUGGGACCAGCCAAAGAUGACAAGGGCCAAAUCAUCGUCAGCACAAAGAGCGGAGGGCCCGGCACCUCCACCGUCAGCUUCAAGGUGCUCAAGCCGGAGAGGAUCGGUAUCCUGGACCAGUCUGCGGUGUGGGUGGAUGAGAUGAAUUAUUAUGACAUGCGGACAGACCGUAAUAAAGGCAUCUCUCCCCUCUCCUUACGGCCGGCCAACCCACUAGGAAUAGACAUAGACAAGGGGAAGGUGCCUCUGAAAGACAUUGAAAGCAUGUUCCCUGGCAUGAGUGGAGACUUCACCAGUGAGAACUUCUCUGCCACCUGGUACCUGAUUGAGAACCACUCCUCUACCAGUUUUGACCAGCUGCGUUCAGCAUCAGGGACUCUGAAGAAGCAGGCCACCCAGAAGAAUGAGGGCAGUCUGGCCUACGUGAAAGGAGGCCUCAGCACAUUCUUUGAAGCACAGGAUGCCCUGUCUGCUAUCCAUCAGAAACUGGAGUCUGACGGGACAGAGAAAGUGGGGGGCUCCAUGACCCAGUGCCUGGAGAACGUCCUGAAUCGAGCGAGUGAUACAGCGGACGCUCUGUUUCAGGAGGUGUUGGGCAGGAAAGACCGAGCCGACUCCACCCGGAAUGCCCUUAAUGUCCUUCAGCGCUUCAAGUUCCUCUUCAAUCUGCCACUGAACAUAGAGCGCAACAUCCAUAAGGGGGAGUAUGACGUGGUUAUCAAUGACUACGAGAAAGCCAAGUCUCUUUUUGGAAACACUGAAGUUCCAGUGUUCAAGAAAGUGUAUGCGGAGGUGGAGACACGCAUUGGGGCAUUAAGGAGUCUGCUCCUCGGUAAACUGCUGGAAACGCCAUCCACUCUGCAUGACCAGAAGCGCUAUAUCAGGUAUUUGUCUGACCUGCAUGCUAGCGGAGAUCCUGCAUGGCAGUGCAUAUCAGCGCAGCACCAGUGGAUCCUGCAGCUGAUGCAGAAAACCAGAGACCAGCAGGAAGGAGAAACUCAUACUGUUGUCAGCCGACUCAACUUAAGAAGAGGCAGCAGCUUCCAAACACCCAGAGAUGACUCGUGGUCUAGUAGCGGUCCUCAGCAAUUGCAGUUUGUGGAGCGGCUCACAGAUGUGGUCAUCAGCCAACUGCCCAACUUCUGGAAGCUCUGGAUCUCCUACGUCAAUGGCAGCCUGUUCAGUGAGACAGGUGAGAAGUCCGGCCAGGUGGAGAAAUCCAAGAAGAAUGCUCGUCAGAGACAGAGUGACUUUAAGCGUAUGAUCGAGGAGGUGGUGCAGAGGCUGGUGCUGCAGCUAAGGGGCUGCCUGCUCCCAACCUCCCUGCCUGAGGUGCAGCUGCGUCUGUAUGGAGGCUGGGACAACACCCCCCCCCUCAGCGGUGCCCAUCUCACGCAGGCCAUACACACCAUCAGGCUGUGUCAUGAGGCUCUCUCUGCGUUGGAGAUUCCUAAUGAUCUGCUGCAGACGAUCCAAGACCUGCUGCUGGACCUGAGAGUGCACUGCUUACUGACCACACUACUGCACACCACUGAAGGUGUUAAGAGGUUGGCUGAGAAAGAGGACUGGAUCGUGGACAAUGAAGGAAUCACAUCCCUGCCUUCCCAGUUUGAACAGUGUGUGGUGCAGAUGCUUCAAUCUCUGAAGGAGCCAUUGGAAUGCAAGCCUGCUGAAAUGAAUAUUCUACAACUGGAACCGAUUCAGGACCAAGCAUCUGAACAGUUUGUGAAAAUCAUGAAGGUGUUCAUAUCUUGUUUGGAAGAGCUGAGCACUAAGACUGACGGAGACUUAGAAACAUCCCAUCUUUCUUCAGAAUUGGGCUCCCCAGAUCUCUUCACCAACACUUAUGAAGACUUCAAGCCUACUCCGGAGCAGCGGUCACUCAUCAUCCUCAGUAACUGUCAUUAUUUGGAGAAGCACACCUUCCUCAACCUGGCUCAGCACUUGGACACACAGGGCUUCACUGGCACGGAAAAGAUCUUACGUGUGAGUAUGGAAGCGGUGCGGGAGCUGGAUUGUGGUGUGUUUGAGAGCUACAUUGAGAUGAAAGCUGAUCCCAUCGUUGGAUCAUUAGAACCUGGAAUCUACGCAGGAUACUUUGACUGGAAAGAUUGCCUACCGCCAACAGGUGUGAGGAGUUAUCUGAAGGAGGCCCUGGUAAACAUCAUCACUGUUCAUGCAGAGGUGUUCUCCAUCUCUAAGGACCUUGUCCCUCGUGUUCUAUCUCGCAUUAUUGAAGCGGUUGCUGAAGAGAUGAGUCGUCUCAUGCAGUGUGUGUCAUCCUUUAGCAAAAAUGGGGCACUUCAGGCUCGGUUGGAGAUUUGUUCCUUGAGCGAUGCUGUAUCUGUUUACCUAACAUCUGAAAGUCGUGGCAGCUUUAAACAGGCACAGGAGUCUCUUCCUCAACUGCACAGUGGAGCUGACAAAAAACUGCUGGAGGAGUUGUUGAAUAAGUUCAAAAGCAGUAUGCAUCUGCAGCUCAGUUGCUUCCAACUGGCCUCCUCUCAUCCUGUGAAGAGAUGAACACACACACACGACACGAACAUACAAUCACACACACACACACAAACAACACACUACAGACACACACGUCCUUUUGCACCUGUGCCUCAUAUAUGCACACCUGUUCUAAUACAUAGAACAUGUUAAUCAUGCCGCUUCUCAGUGAUUAACCACUACUACUCAUGAACUCUCUCUUGUAAACGGAACCACACUGUCCUUUAAAUGUCAGUCUGUUUGUCACAUGAAAGUGCUAUAAAGUCAUCUUUCUGAGGA